GGAAUCAUGGGAAGGUUCCGGCGCCAAGUUCCAAGAUGGCGGAAAAACAUCAAACAACAAAACACAAAACGAUCUACAAAAGAAAUGCAUUGAGCAUAUUUUUGUAGUAUUUAAAUUAUAUCAGGUUAUAAAUCGCAAAAAUAUGGCUGGAGCGGGUCGAGAUCUCUUUAAAUGGAAUAGGCAAACCAAGCCUUCUCCGAACUACAACAAGAAUAGUAGUGUCCAGAGUUGGAUAAAGAAUGUACAAAGAGCAUCUGAUAAUGCAGCACGAGAGAUGUUUGGAAAUGAUUUUCACAGAGUGCUUGAUCAAGUUCAUGUUGAUGAAGAUGCCUUGAUGGAAGAACCGCAAACUUCAACCCCAGUAGGAAAGCACCACAACAGAAUGGCAGACCCAGAGAUAUCUCUUAGUGAAGCUGGCAGUGACCAGGGGGACAAUAUUGUAGAUAUAACAGGCAGCACAAUCUGCCGCCUUGGAUAUUCCAUUGUGGAUGGGGAAGUGGUGGUGGAUCAGGAGCAAGAGGCAGAAGAGAGUGAGGAGAGCUACUCGAGUCAGAGUGACGAUGACCUUGAUGAAUCAAUAAAGACUGCUCUUGAACUAUUGAAUACUGAUUUGGAUAUGUCUGAUGAUGAGAGUGAAAUUGAUGAUAUCUCAGAAAUGUGUAUAGAGGAGGAUGAGUUAGAAAUUGAGUCACCCACAACCACAUCAAUGCUAUCUGUAUCAGAGAUAGCAACACCAGAUCAACCAAAGGCCAUUCAACCUGAGACACCAAAGGACACCCCAUCAAUGCUACCUGUACCAGAGAUUGCAACACCAGCACAGCAACCUGAGACACCAAAGGACAUCCCAUCAAUGGUACCUGUACCAGAGAUUGCAACAUCACAGCAACCUGAGACCAUCCAACCUGAGACACCAAAGGACAUCCCAUCAAUGGUACCUGUACCAGAGAUUGCAACACCACAGCAACCUGAGACCAUCCAACCUGAGACACCAAAGGACAUCCCAUCAAUGGCACCUGUACCAGAGAUUGCAACAUCACAGCAACCUGAGACCAUCCAACCUGACGAACCUGAGCAACCUGGCAUCCACCUGAAACCAGAAUGUUUUCUCAGGGAGAAGCAGAUAAAUUUUUUCAGGGAGGAAUUAAGGAUGGUGCAAAGCACAAAAGUGUUGUGUUCCCUGGAUCUCCUGGCUGACGAAUUCAGAAAGAGAUGUGGACAGCCAGGGUGCACUGAGAAACCAACAGUGAAACAUGUGAUUAAUGGAGUAGGCGCCACCUUUAUUUCAGUCUGCAGUAUGGGCCACCAGGGGCGUUUUACUACAACAGAGUUUGAUGGAAAUGGAAUGUCAGUAAAUAAUUUACAGGUUGCAGCAGCUUUACUUCUCUCUGGCAACAACUUCGCGAAAAUUGAAAAAUUUUCCAAAUUCCUUGGCCUUUCCUUCAUCUCAGCAAGCACGUUCUACAGGGUCCAGCGCCUGUAUGCUAUUCCCACCAUCAAUGAAUGGUGGGAAUGGAUGAGGGAAACAAUAAUCAACACCUUGCAAGAACAGGAUGUUGUCCUCGCCGGGGAUGGACAAUGCGACUCGCAGGGAUUUUCCGCGAAGAACCUGUGCUAUUUUCUUAUGGAAAUAGUGACUGGUUACAUUCUUGAAGUGGAAAUAAUGGACAAGCGCCAUGUAAAUAUGAAAUCUGCAACCAUGGAGAGGAAGGCAUUAGAUAAUGCUCUCUCUAGGGUGAAGAAAGUGCUGUCAGUGACAGAAGUCUGCACGGAUGCCUCAUCUUCAAUCAAGAAAAUGAUAGGUAUACACAUGUUUUAUUUUAAAAGGUGGGAUGUGUGGCACAAGGCAAAAAGUAUAAGGAAAUGCCUUCUCAAGGUGCACAACACCAGGGAGAAUGGAAAGGUGGGUAAGUGGACGGACCAUAUCAUCAGGCACUUUUGGCACUGCUGCAGCGUCUGCGGGGAAGGCACAUCCACAGAUGAGGAGGCUCUUGAGAGGCUUAAGAACCAAUGGAUCAGUCUUCUUCACCAUGUGUGCAACACCCAUGAAUGGCCAACUGGCAAAUGCCACCAUGGAGAUUUGCCUGAUGAGCAUGAACUCCCUUGGUUUGACAGGCGUGACAAAGACUUCCAAGCUCUCCAGAAAGUCAUCCUUGAACCAUCGUUGCUUGACAGUUUCAAGUCAUAUGUUCGUUUCAGACACACCGGUGCCCUAGAAUGUGCAAACAGCCUAUCACUGGCAUAUGCUCCCAAACGGUGUGCUUUCUCGUAUGAAGCAUAUAAGGCCCGAAAGCAGCCUUCUGCAAUUGAUUGGAACUUCCACCAAGGUAGAGAGAAAGCAGUCAAUAAUGAGGGGGAGCAGAUGGUAUCAAGAAAAUACAAUAGACGCACUAAAGAGUGGAAUUUGAGAAUAAUCAAAGUAGGCAAGACUUAUGACUACAUCCCAAUGCUGAUGGCCAUGAUUCUCCGAAAACGAUUCACUGACAUUGAUGGAAUUACCCGGCAUGUUAGUUUAGCUGAAGAUGACCCUGCCCGAAUCCAACCAACCCUUGCAAUGGCCAAGCCUGUUAGCUCUCGUGAACUGUUUCAAGCACACCAGUCGAGGUUCAGACCUCCUAGCACGGAAAAUGAGUGAUGGAAACCAACUCAUACACCACUUAAGGUUAUUUUAUUUGGUAUUAUAUAUAUACAUAUAUUCCAUUUUUACAAGAGACAUAAUUUGUGAUAUAUAAAUAAACACUUUUGAACUGAAA